AUGAUAAUUUUUAAUGGGAACAAAUAUGCGUGUGCAUCGUGUAUCAGGGGUCAUCGCUCUUCAACAUGUAGGCAUUCCCAUCGAAUGCUGAUUAAAGUGAGAACUAGAGGAAGGCCUUCUCCUAUGGCCAUCAGGGACGCCAUCUUAGUGGACUCGACUUCUCAAAGCCGAGAAUAUGAAGAUACUGCCCAGAUUGAAGGCAGCUGCUGUAAUGGAAUGAACCAUCAACCAAUACUGUUUGUACGUGCUUCUGCUGUUAGAAAGGCAAGAAUGAUAAACGGUAAACUACACAUAUUAAUGGAGGAAGGCUGCACUGCUCAUGAGCCUAAAGAUAUUAGUACAUUCACCGAUGACGGCAAUAGAUAUAUAACCGAAAUGGAAUUUCUCAGGAAACAUUCUCCAAUGGCUCCAGCAACAGGAACAAUAUCUCCAGAAUCUAGUAAGUCGUCUUCUUCGAACGAGAAGAAAGGGAGUAUUCAGGCGGAUCAGGAGCCUAUACGGCAUAUGUCAAACUGCUGUAAGAAAAAUAAAGGUCAUAAUUCGGUUCCCAAUGGCAAGAUAGACAAGGUACCGUCUGGCGAUAUUUUUACACCGUACGGUUCUUUAGAAUCGGCAUCUACUUUUAACGAUAUGCUACAAGAAAACUAUAACGCUGCUGCGCCUGAAGUGCAUGAUAGUUCUGAAACACUCACUCCACAGAGUACAACAAACGUAUCUGCGCCCCACGCAAGUGACAUUGCUGCAAAGGUUGAAGUAUUAACUCAUAAGGGUAUUUUUUUGAGUACACAAUGCUCUUGUGAAGAUGAAAGCUGUCCAUGUGUCAACUGUCUGAUCCAUAGGAGUGAAGAAGAACUUAAUUCAUACAUUGAGCAAAGCGGUGUUCCUUUGACCAAUAUGGGUGAAGCUCAAAUCACAGAUAAGAUGAUGGACUAUUUGGACGACUGCAAAUGUUCUAAUAAGGAAUGUUUAUGUCCGCCAGAUAAUUGUACUUGUGACGGUUGUUUUUCACACUCUACAAAUGUUAUUCCUUUUGAGAAAUUUUUCUUCUAUGGCAUCCUGAAUGCAAGGUUAACAAGGAAAACUCAAAUAAAAUUCAAAGGUAAACUGGUACCGUCAAAAUACUGGUGGGACUUUCUGAAACUGCAAGUGCCGUUAAUGACAGACGCCCAAUUAGAGCUACUUGACAUCCAUGCGUGGUUUCAAAAACUUGUCUCCAAUUAUGCACCUCAUCUCAACGAUGUCAACACCCCGUAA